AUGACGAUUAAGAAUAGUAAAAUUAAAAAAAAAAAAUUGCAUAUUAAUGGUACUUCAAAGAAAAAGAAAGAAAAAAAUAUAUCAGGAAAAGAUGAUUUAAGUGAUAAUCCUUUUAUGCAAAAGGAAGAAAUUAAACCAUUUAACUUAAAUAUAGAAAAUGAAACAAGUGAAGAAAAAGUACAAACAGAUGAAUUUAGUAAAUUACUAAAAAGAAGAAUAAAGCAAAUAAAUAAAAUUAAAGAAAAAGAUAAAAAAAAAUUUGAAUCAAAACUAAUGUACGAGGAUGAUAUAGAAAAAUCAGGGAAAAGUUGGUAUGAAGAAAAGUUAGUUAAUGAUGUUCCAAGGAAAUUAACAAUAUUUUAA